AUGCUUCUGACUGCGAUGGCUUAUGACCGGUUUGUGGCCAUCUGCAACCCUCUGCACUACUCAGUCAUCAUGAACCCAUGCUUCUGCCGCUUCUUAGUUUUGUUGUCAUUUUUCAUCAGCCUUUUGGACUCCCAGCUUCAUAAUUUGAUAGUGUUACAACUUGCCUGCUUCAAGGAUGUAAAAAUUUCUAAUUCCUUCUGUGACCCUUCUCAACUCCUUCGUCUUGCCUGCUUUGACCCCUUCACCAAUAACCUAGUCAUGUAUUUUGUUGGCUUUAUCUCUGGUUUUCUCCCUAUCUCAGGAAUCUUUGUCUCUUACUAUAAAAUUGUUUCCUCCAUUCUGAGAGUUCCAUCAAAAGGUGGGAAGUACAGAGCCUUCUCCACCUGUGGCUCUCACCUGUCAGUCGUUUGCUUAUUCUAUGGAACAGGCAUUGGAGUUUACCUCGGAUCGGCAUUGUUGCCUUCCCCGAGGAAUGAUGUGGUGGCCUCAGUUAUGUACACUGUAGUCACCCCCAUGCUGAACCCCUUCAUUUAUAGCCUGAGGAACAGGGACAUUAAGAGUGCCCUAGGGAGGCUCCACAGCAAAAUGUCUGGUCUUAAUAUCCAC